AUGAUACAACGAAAUCUCAUAUUUUGGGGCUACAGGGCUUUACAGGAAGUGCUCGUGCUUGGUUUUCAACCUCUUUGUCUAUUCCUUCCAGCAACUACUACUAUUGCAGACAUCACUUCAACGGUUGGCUCUUCAUCAGCCACUGUGUGUGGCACCCCUCCACUCAACAACAAAAUAGUGGGAGGAGAAAAUGCCCCUGCAGGAAGUUGGCCCUGGCAGGCAAGUCUCCAAACUUCUUACAGACAUGUUUGUGGUGGGUCCCUCAUCAACAAGGUGUGGGUGAUGUCUGCAGCCCACUGCUUCUCUAGCUCAGACCCAAAUGGUUGGAACAUUAGCCUUGGUCAACAGACCCUGGAGGGGAUUAACCCCAACGAAGUGUCCAGAACUGUGGCUGAGAUCAUUAUACAUCCAGAUUACAACGAUUUAACAAUGGACAACGACAUCGCUCUGCUGAGACUCUCCUCACCAGUCAACUUCACAAACUACAUCCGACCCGUCUGUCUGGCAGCAAGUGAUAGUGUUUUCAACAAUGGUACUGAUAGCUGGGUGACCGGCUGGGGCAACAUCAAUGAAGGAGUUCCCCUCCCAUCCCCCCAGGAUAUGCAAGAAGUGGAGGUUUCAGUUGUGGGGAACAGACAGUGUGACUGCCUCAAUGGGGCCGGCUCAAUCACAGACAACAUGCUCUGUGCUGGUGAUCUGGCAGGGGGCAAGGACUCAUGUCAGGGUGACUCAGGAGGGCCAAUGGUGAACCAACAGAACUCUGUCUGGGUCCAGUCUGGGGUUGUUAGUUGGGGUCAAGGCUGCGCUCGGCCCAAUCUCCCUGGGAUCUACACCAGAGUGUCCCGUUACCAGUCCUGGAUCGACUCCCAUAUCAGGACCGACAAGCCAGGCUUUGUCCAAUUUACCUCCAGUGGGGUAGAUGCUGACAGCGAUUACAUCUGUUCUGAUGGCCCAACAACUACUGUCGACGCCUACCCUUACCCCUACCCUUACCCCUACCCUUACGAUUCCAUUUUUGAUCAUGGGCACAGUUUGUUCAGCUCCCUUUAUUUGCUGAGCACCUUGUUCAUUCUGAUGUUUCUUACCAUUUAAAUUCUUUCCGUGAUGCAGUCAAGGGCAAGGUUUAAUUGGCAGUCUGAGUGCUAUUCGUUCGGGUGAUGUAUCUUUUAAAGUAAUGGCUGGCGUGCUCUGGAAGAACGAGAGUUGGGAAGGAGAUAGGAUAUGAGUUGGGAAGGAGAUAGCAUAUGAGUUGGGAAGGAGAUAGGAUAUGAGUUGGGAAGGAGAUAGGAUAUGAGUUGGGAAGGAGAUAGGAUAUGAGUUGGGAAGGAGAUAGGAUAUGAGUUGGGAAGGAGAUAGGAUAUGAGUUGGGAAGGAGAUAGGAUAUGAGUUGGGAAGGAGAUAGGAUAUGAGUUGGGAAGGAGAUAGGAUAUGAGUUGGGAAGGAGAUAGGAUAUGAGUUGGGAAGGAGAUAGGAUAUGCAGCAAUAGGCUAUCUAGUAUAUUGUGUGUUCACUUUUCCCUGGAUAGCCUAUUGCUGAGUGAGUGUUGUUUUCAAUGGGCCUUACUGUUGUCUUGAUUUAUUUGUGAAGAUGGAUAACCUGAAAUGUAUUUACUUAUUAAAGGGGCAAUAUGGGAUUCAAACAAACAGUGACCCUGACAUUGUUUUUGUAAAAAGCUUAGGGAUAGAGGCUAAAGAAAUGUAUCUCUUAAAAAGCUUAGGGAUAGAGGCUAAAGAAAUGUAUCUCUUAAAUUCAUAGACAGCGGUUUGAUAGCUUUAACCAAGUUUUGUAAGCUUUACAAUGUUUUUUUUACAAUUACAUUGUUUAUAAAAAAUAUAUUAAAACAAGCUUAUAUUUUGGCUUGUGGUGAAGUCGGACAGCACUAAGCUCAUGAGACAUUUUAAGUUACAUUCUUCAAAAAUUAAUGGCUAUAUAUCAUUAAAGAUGCACUUUAGUCUCAUUUUCAUCUCAUUUUCAUCUCAUUUAUCACGUUAUUUAUUUAACAAAAGGCACAUCUCAAUAGGUGGUUCAAGUAAGUCAUGACAUGGCACAAGUGGGAGGGGCUUUCCCCCUUCUGUUCUCUAUUGGUCCUCUAACCACUAAUCUGCAUAAAACAUAUAUGUUAAACCCUUAAGUGGGUGUACAUUAAUUGGGAUAGAUAUUGUUUCAACAAGAAACAUUUAUUUUUUAAAUAUUUUUUUUUAGCUGGAGUGUGUCUAAUUUAUAAGUAAAAAAAUGGGUGUACUAUUCCCAGAUUGCCCUUUUAAUAUUUGAGAAAUGACAAAUCCUUUUGCUGUGAAUGUUGUAUAAGAAUGAAAAAUCAAAUGUCUUUCUGGAGCGGCCUGCAGUGAUCUUGUGCUUUAGUGCCACAGCCCGACUGGAUAAGAGCAUCUGCUAAAUGACUGCCAUGUGAAACGUCUCCUGUCUUUCUCGUCUCUUCUUCUAUCUUUCCUAUCAAUUAAAAACAUGGUUAACACUAUGCUUUAAAUACACAUAUUAACCUUUCCUAAAGAAGGCACUGCAUUGUGAAACUUUUGUUGAGGUUUAUUCAUUAAAAUGUUGUGAACACA